AUGAAUGACGACGUUCUGCGUGCCGUGCGAUGUGAUAGGCGGCUACAUUGCUCAAACUGUGCCGAUGCGGGAGCAGAGUGUCGGCGUCUUCGCCUUGAGCGGCCGGCUCGAUCUCAGAAGCCGACAGUAAUUUCGACCUUGGGAGAGAGACUGUUGAGAUUGGAGAAAGCAGUAUCGGCACCACAUGAGAUUGAGAACUCCAGUCCAGCUCAUGGGGCAUAUAAAAAUGAAAUCGAUGUUCAACCAAAGAAGAGAAAGCUGGAUCACGUCGUUUCUGCAAAGGAAACACCAAAGUCUCCUCUCAGUAAUUGCCCGGUUGUCACCCCAGACGAGUCUACUCACCAUGCAGAACAGGCUCGAGUUAUCAUCCAGAGUGAACUUGACGGCAACGAACGCAUGAACCGUGAGCGACGAGUGAUUCUCAAGUCUGCUCUGGAAUUUGUGAAUUCUAUGGCACAAAGGACGGAUUCAGCGUCUGAUGACAGUCUGGCGCUGGAAGGAUCCCACAACGAUUGUCCAGAUAUCCCUGAAUCUAUUGAGCCAUCGCCAGAGCUACUGUACAUGCUUAUUCGAGAGUCCACGACAUCAACCGAGCCGUCCCACAAUCUGCACUGGCCCGAUCAUAUAUCCAACAAAGCUUUGCAGAAAAUGGCUUCCAAGUUCUUUACUAGCAAUCUCACAGGCCAAAGGUUUUAUCAGUAUUGCAUAUGCAUCUACAUGAGGGCCAUCUUUCACACCUACCACAUGCCUCGACUCUACAAUGAUUCGGUCAUGAGCGAACAAUUCCUCAAGUCGAAGAGGUUAUAUGCCGCCUCUGCCCUCCAUGCGCUACAAAAUCUCAACAUCUUGAACACUCCCAGUCUGUCUCUUAUUCAGGCAUUGAUAUCUGCAACAUUCUUAAUGCAAUAUCUCGGCAACAUGAGUCAAGCUUGGGUGUUGAACUCCUAUGCCGCUCGGCUGAUUGCUGCUCUGAACUACCAUGAUGUCCAGUCCCAAAAGUGCGAUCCAGACCUCGAGGAGGAGAUCAAAAGCUCUGUUUAUUGGUGUUUCUACCUUGAUCGCACCCUGAGCUCCCUUCUUCACCGGCCGCCCUCAUUACCCGAACUUCGCAGUUCAGCGAGCGACCUUGUGUGUUGGAAUAAUUCCCUUCCUCACAUGCCCAUAAUACGUAUCCUUGUGGAUCUAGCUCAGGUCCAAGGUGACCUUUCAAGUAGUUGCAAGGCGUCCGAUACCCGGCAAAUUCUGGAUAAUCACUCCAAGCUUCAAGAAAGAAUGAACUCAAUAUACUCAAGUUUACAGUCGAGCCGGACCUCUGCCCCCGAGCUGAUCAGCUGUGAUUGGGUUGCAACCGAAUUUUCUUAUUACGCCAUCCUGGUGGACAUUCUCCGAUCAAGAUUGAAAUACGCAUUUUCUCCCUUGACUCAUAGAGAAUGCGUUUCCUAUUCUAGGAAAGCGCUGAAGGCGCUGCAAUAUUUGCAGAACCACCUCGCCAAAAGCCCCGGCUUCGUAGAUCCGUAUCCAACGUUUCUUACUUGGACUGUCUUCUUAUACCCCCUCAGCCCAUUCUUCGUCCUCUUCUGCAACAUCAUCGGCGAAAUAGACAUGGAUGACUAUCACCUCAUCCAAGACAUUACCCAGAGUUUAUCCCUAUUCAACGCCAGUCCGUACAUAGCCAAGCUGCUCAAACUCUUAGAUACAUUGCAACAACUCUGCGAGCCUUUAAUCCUGACCAAACAGCAUCUCGGUCCCCAGGCCAAGGUUGCCCCUUGGUACCCAGCUACAAGCGACGAACAGCCAGCGACCAUGGCUGUUUCUGAUGCAUCGGUUGCCUUGGAUGCCUCUUACAUGAACUCUAUGGCUCAGACAUAUCCCCAAAGUGUGCAACAGGAUGCUAGCGGUGGAGUACAGCCUGUUGCUGAUGAGUUGAUGUGGCACUUGUUCAAUAGCCAGCCGUCGCUGCAAUGGUGCGAGUCAAAUGUUAUUUCUCUCGACCCGACUGUGAAUUACUAA